AUGCGCAUCCUGUGCGACGUGUGCGAGGCGGCGCCCGCCAAGGUGUUCUGUGCUGCAGACGAGGCGGCGCUAUGCCUGGCAUGCGAUAACAAGGUGCAUGGGUGCAACAAGCUGGCUAGCCGCCACGUGCACCUGGAGCACGCCAGGGCAAUUGUGCAUGGGUGCAACAAGCUGGCCAGCCGCCACGUGCGCCUGGAGCACGCCAGGGCAAUUGUGCAUGGGUGCAACAAGCUGGCCAGCCGCCACGUGCGCUUAGAACUCGCAGAGGCGCGCGCCAUCCCGCGCUGUGACAUCUGCGAGAACGCGCCUGCGUUUCUCUACUGUGCGGUGGACGGCACGUCGCUCUGUCUGCAGUGCGACCUGGAAGUGCACAUAGGGACGCUCCAACCUCCCCAUCCACACCCCUCAUGCUGCCCAUCCCGCUCUUGCCCCCAAUCACUAACCCCUCCCGCCUCUCCCACAGCCUUCUUCUACUGUGCAGUGGACGGCACGUCUCUCUGUCUGCAGUGCGACCUGGAUGUGCACAUAGGCGGCAAGAAGGCGCACGAGCGAUACCUGCUCAUGGGGCAACGCGUGGAGGUGAGACAAGGGAUGGAAGAGCGGUUUGCGGCGGUCAGAGGGGAUGUUGAGGGCGGCAAGAAGGCGCACGAGCGAUACCUGCUCAUGGGGCAACGCGUGGAGGUAAGGCGAGGGGUGAUGUGGUGGAAGGAUGGUGGGGGGCAAGGGAUGUGGGUGGGGCAGCGCGUGGAGCUGUUUUCCCUCGCCUCCCCUUUCUCUUUCCGCCUACCCCUCCUCCCCCGUUCCCCCUCCUCCCCCGUUCCCCCUCCUCCCUCGUUCCCCCUCCUCCCUCGUUCCCCCUCCUCCCCGUUCGUCCCCUCUCCCCCCCGCUCCCCACCCCCCUUCCUCCCCCCGGUUCUGGCGAAAGAAUCUACCCAGCCCGCAACUUUCCUCACCCCCCCUCCCUUUUGUUUGUUGCCUCCCGUUUUCCCCCAUUCCCACUCCCGCCCCUUCCCCCUCACCCUCUCUUUCCCCGUUACCCCGGCUCCCCAAGACUCCCCCUGCUCUGGCGGAGGACCCCACCCAGCCCGCCCUCCCCUCCCCAGGGGGAACCCCUCCGGACCACCUACUCCCCCCAGGCGCUACCCAGCCCGCCCUUCCCCUCGCUCCUCUUCUCACCUCCUAUUCCCCUCCCCGCCCCGUUUUCACCACCUGCCACCUCCCUCCCCCCCGCUCCCCAAGGUUUCUCCUGCUCUGGCGGAGGACCCCACCCAGCCCGCCCUCCCCUCCCCAGGGGGAACCCCUCCGGACCAUCUACUCCAGCCAGGCGGGCAGGAGGGGGUGGGGGUGCUCCCCAAGACUCCCCCCGCUCCAGCUGAAGACCCCACCCAGCCUGCCCUCCCCUCCCCAGGGGGGGGCCCUCCGGACCACCAACUCCGCCCAGGCGCGCAGGGGGGUGGUGGGGGUGGUAACCCGACUGGUAACCCCACUGGUAACCACAUGGGGAACAUGGGAAAUGCAGAUAUGGGAGGUGGGAACAUGGGGAACGGGAACGUGGGGAAUAAUGUGCAUGGGGGGCGGGGGCACAUGGGGGCAGGUCAGGGGAACGUGCAAGGGGGGGUUGGUUUGUGGCAAGGUGGGGGGAAUGUGGAUGGCGGUGGGGAUGGUGAGGGAGAGAGAGGUAUUGACAAUGGUGCCGGUUUUAGCCCUGCUGCAGGUAAGGAUGGUGAAAUGGGCGGACGAGGAGGAGGGAGAGGGGGAGAAGAGGACGAGAUCAUGCACAUGCAGCAGGGAGGGGAGACGGGGGGGAGGGAGAACGACCCAACGCCAAUGAGCGUGGUGCUUCCAACCCAUGGGGGCGAGGGGGGAUCAGGCGGGACAGCAGCAGGCGGAGGGGGUGGAGGAGGGGCGGGGGGAAGUGGAGGAGGAAGAGGUGGAGGAGGGGUGACAGGAGGCGGAGGCAGGGGAGGGACAGGGGGAGCGGGGGGGACAGAGGGUGGGGGAGGAUCGGGAGGGUUGACAGCAGUAGUGAGCUUGUGGCUGCAGGCGGGGAGCAAUGGAGGGGAGCUGAGCAGCGAAGUGGGAGUUGUGCCGGAUAUGCCGCCAGAUGAGAUUGCCGUCCAGGCAAUGUGA